AUGAGGUCAUGUUUGGUCAUCGACAAAAAUAACGUCAACGACAUUCGUGACAUUAAAAUUUCGAAUUCAUUUAUCUUUGCACCGACUGAGGCCGUAAUUCACAUUCAAGGCGAUCAGGAAGCUCUGAUAGCGGCAGUGAAUGAGACUCCCGAGGAGGACAUACGCGAUGCUCUGAAAUCGCAGACAGAGCACCAGCUGGCGCUCGUUCCACGGGGCCCCAAGCUUGUUAAGGAUACAGUAGCAUACAACACUACUAUCACCACUGAUGAUACAGAGGAACUGCGGGCGUUACGGCCAGAUGGGACGAUUGUGACUGAGACACGACACACUAAAGAACAAGAACGAGUCUGCGACGAGGAACUAUCUAAAGAAGAGGCAAAAUCCCUGCCAAGUGACAAGAGCGUGGUAGAAGAGACAAGUGGAACGGAGCGAAGGAAGCGAGUUGAUCUUGAGAACAGCACAGAUCUAAUGGCGGGCGGCUUGAGGGUCGCUACGCACAUCAAUUCGCGGUCUCGCACUGAAGAAGUUGAAAGAGAAGGGCAGCCAAACAUGGAUGAUGACUGGGACAGUUUAUCAGUUCGAAUGAGACGCCAGCGACGCCUUCGUCAAGUCGUUUGGACCAAGUAUAUUAGUCUAGUACACUACCUGGCGAUAAAUAUUGCACUCAACCUUUUGGAAAGAGACAUUCGACAGGAACACGACAAGGAUUACAAACGUCCCGUUGACUACGACAUAGAAGAAGAAACACGCAAGAAAGAAACGUCAAAGUGGCUCGAGAAUCAUUUCGGCAGUGAAUCCCGCUCCUCACAUGACUCCAUUGCCGAGGAAAUAGGUCGGAGAGCUGACCCUACGUUCUACAAGAAGCCUGAAGACGAGGGAUACUACGGCAAGACAUCAUCAGUGCCACCACCACCAGUGUAUGGAGAUCGAGUUCUUCGUAAAACGAAAUCGUCGACGCCCUCAGACGAACGACCGGCAGCACCAGUGAACAGGACCGGUGGCUACUUUAAAGGUGUUGCUGACUGGUCACAAAGACGUGCCAGCAAACCCAGGAUGCCUGAGCCACGCAGCUCGUCCCCAUCACCACCGACAGUGCGUUCACCAUAUGCCAGCGACGAUCGACUAAACGGUUCCUCCCCAAGGCAUGUGUACGGGAAACGCGACUCGCCUCAGGGGAGGUCAUCACCUAUCGGCCGCCGCCACCCGCCCUCGCGCGACGACUCCGCCUACGUGUCGUCGUCAACAAUGCACAGUCCACCACGCGGCUCGCCUUUCCGGCCGUUAGAUGCCGAGCGCUCGUUCCGCGAGCCCUCGGUCGAGGACGACUACCGGCCGAUCGCGCCGGAACGAAAACGACCAACGAAACAAAGAUUGUCUGAGGAACAUCGCUACGAUAGUGGCUACAGAAGCUCAUCCCGAAAUGAAAAUUCGGGAAGGUCACGUGACAGUCGUGAAGAAGCUGCCGUGGAGCCUCCACCAGAUUAUUCUCCUCCCAGGGAAAGGCGCGAAAGCUCAGACAGAGAUCGUACGCCACCGAGGCGGAGGGAUCGUGACGAGCGUAAACAAAAUCAAAAGACUCGAUUUGCUGACAAUGGAAGGCGUCCGUCACCUGCGCGUAAAUCGAUGGGGUCAGCGAUCGGUAAUUCAAUUCGGAAGUUAGUUGGGAAGAUUCGAUCUGCAUCCGCGGAGCGACGUGCUCGGUGGCGCAACUCUCGGACUCCGUCGCCGGAGCACUCCUCGCGUACGUACAAGCAGUACGGUGGCGAGCUGGCGCCCCCCGUCGCGCCUCCGCACCGCUACUACCUCGGGGAGGACCCCUUCGCGCCCAGCAUCUACGGCCGAGAGCACAAGUACGAGGGCAGUUCGAGACGCGCAGCCGCUGCCGACGCCCGUGAUCACCGAGAAAGGGGUCAAUUCUCGAGCACGCUGGGUCGGUUUAGUCACUCCACAAGUCGACUGAAUCCGAACAUCGAGCCCGAAGAGGACUACACUCGCAGCGCGCAGACGCUGCCGAGAAAAUUGCACGAUAGGAAAGAAAAAUCCACCGAACCACAGAAGCCCAGUUCCAACAAGUACUGGCAUAGGCUCACACCCAACAAGCGAUCAAGCAGCGCCGUCAAUAUCUCUAAUAGCACUGUGACAGCUACACCCGACGGCAAAAUCAACGGAUACCCACCGGGACCAGCGAAGCCAGCGCGGACGUACAAGGCUCUCAACAGGAGCAAGAGUUUUGCUAUGGGAGCUCCUGAACAGGAGACUCACCCACGUUACGUAUCUACAAUGAGUCGCAAUUACUCAACUAUGUAUAAAUCUAACCCCCACCUAAGCCGACUUGAUGAAACCCCAGAGCAGCUGAAAAGUCCAGGAAUUGUGUCCAUCAUAAACCGCAGUCAACGCGACCUUGCUGAUGCUGUAUCUCGUGAGACUGAGCGCAGACGUGAUGGACUCUUUGGGGCUAGAUAUGGUAAGACCACCCCUGUCACAAAUGGACAUACGAAUGGAUUUAGCAAAUCUUAUGACGAAACUGACAAGAAGAAGAUAUUCCUUAAAGGACUUCGUGAGAGAGCACCAGAGUUAUACCAAACGCUGCAUGCUGACGACGAGUCAGACGGCAGCAGGUUAUCGUCUCGAUACAACACGCCGUCUCCUCACUACAAGGAACGUAUCUCAGAAGAAAGGAAAACGCCAUUGUACAAAACAGAAUCGCUCAAUAGGGAAACGAGUCCUUUUGUGUCCCGGCUGGAUUCGAGGAUAAAGUCGCCGGCAAUAAGGCGGGGAAGCAACAGUAGUGACAACUAUUCAGAAACAUAUCGAUACACCACUCGCUCGGGUGACCCUGAACGUCCCAGUGUAACUGACACUGUAGAAACUGUCAGCAAGAAGAUCGUGCCAUCCAGGGACGGCCGCUCAAAGGAGAUUAUCGAGUCGAGGGAAAUAAAUUCUGUAACGAAAAGCAGGGGAUACAAAGAGCCAAUAGUUAGCCCCAAGUAUAUAGAAAAUGGUAUCCGGUCGGCGCCCCACGGAUAUGAGAAGAAUGGUCCAUUGUAUUCGGAACGAAGGAGCACCUUUGUCGGGCCCAUAGUGCGGGACUGGAAAGCAGUGAUGCUUGCAAAGAUAGAGGCGGAGCGUGAGGGAAUUAUUCUCCUCACUCCGGAAGUCGGAGAUAGUGCAACGAUCUCUGGUGGGGUUUGCGGAACAACGAAAGCAAGGGUAACUCGCCGCCGGAUCAGAACCCGACCACCACAGAUGAGGCCAAACAAGGUCAAUGUUGAGCCAGAGUUGCGGGGCAAGCGCAAUAAGGUACCGCGGUCUGGGCAUCUGGAGCAGGGAAGGAACGGAGUACUUAUUUAG